AUGCCUCCUCUGGCGCAGCCGCACGGCGACAAGAGCAGCAGCUCCAGCGGCAGGCAUCAGCGGCAGGGGACGGCGGCGACGGCGGCCCCGGCGGCUCAGCAGCGGUCGGCGUCGUUCCACGGGCGCGGGACGGAGCAGCCGCGGCACCACCAGCCGCAGCAGAAGCAAAGGCCCAAGACGCUGCCUGACCUGCUCGCCGGCGUCAGGGGAGCCAGCUUCCGUUCCGGGUCCCCGUCCCCGCCGCCCCCCGGACGGUGA